AUGAGUGAAGUCAUUGUGACUAGAGAUCAAGUUGCGGCACUGAACUUGACAUACCCACCUUUCCGAGAGCCGUCCUUCGAGUUGGCCGCAACUCAAGGUAGAAACCUUGCUGAACUGAUUGCGCGUGAAUUGAAAAAAUGUCCUCACGAAAUUCCACAACGACUGCUGCAAGAAGCAGAGUCCCUGGCAAACGCUCAAAUUCCCACUGAGAGAUUGAUUGGUUUCAUUGGCAAUUCGGGAGCUGGAAAGAGCAGCACCCUCAACUCCGUCCUCGAUCAGGUCGGCGUGGCAAGGACUGGUGCCUGCGGUUCUGCUGUCACACCUUUCGCCGCCGAAUAUCGCAUCUGGCAGGAGAGGCAUCAUUCUGCAUUCACAUUGGAAUGCGAAUUGAUGUCUCACCGAGAGCUCGGCGAGUACGUCGGUGACUUGCUACGUGACUUUUGGCGGAUUUCAGCCGUCGACAAGGGGGCCCGAGAUCCCCAGGACCAAAAGACCUAUGACGACGGCAAGGCAGCGCAGGACAUCUUCCAGGCAGCUUUUGGAGACCUCGAAGACUUUGAUAUGGACUUGCUCGAGCACGGCGACGACGAUGAAAGCAUCGAGCAGGCGAAACAGCAUCUGAUCAAAUGGUGUCAACAACUCCAGUUCCCAGACGAUAUGCAGGACGAUGGCACCUGGAUCCAAGAAGCGCAGGAUGCAGAGGAAUGCCAGGACCAGCAAUCACUUCUCCAAGACCGCGGUCUCUGGCCUUUCGUCAAACGUCUCUCUAUCUUCGCCGUUAUUGGUAUUCUGAGCCGAGGCCUCACCUUGGUUGACCUUCCCGGGUUCAAUGACACGAAUCUCGCGAGAAUCAGAGCAGCCCGCAAGGCUCAAAGUAAGUGCGACGAUCUAUGCCUGGUGGUAGACAUCUCUCGGGCAUGCGAUCUACCCAUCAUCCCGCAGAACCUGGAGCUCAUGAAGGCAAAGGCCGAAGCUCAGAUGUCUACAUGUGUCAAUAUCACUAUCAUAUGCACACAUUCAGCGGCAUGUUUGGAAGGCAAUCGCGUCCUGGAGAAACUAGCUGGCCGCGCCAAAGUCAGCAAAGCAAGGGCUGAGAUUCAGCAGGCCGAGACAGAGAGCGACAAAGGCGUCAAGGACGCCCAGCGUAAACUUGACACACUACUGAUCACUACCCGAAAUGAGAAGGUUGUGAAAGACUUGAAGCGAAAGUACGGGUCGUACGUCAAGAACGGAAACUUCAAGGUCUUCUGCAUCGACAACUCUUUGUACUCGAAGGCCAAGACAGAAGAAGAGAAGGAGCUAAGUGGCAUUCCCGCGCUUCGGCAGCACCUCGAAGACCUUCCCGCGGAGCCGCUGUUCAAAGCUACGGAUCUUUUCCUGGCAAAGGAAAUUCCAGCAUUGAUAGGUUCCUUCGGCAAUUGGGUGGAGUCUUGCAGGGUAGACCUAGAGCUUGAGAGCCGUCCACCUCUUCCAGAAGCGGCCGAGCUCGAGGCAUGUCAUGAAGAUCUUUCGGAAUGGGUCACAAGGAUGCACGAUGUCUUUGGGACGAGCAUAAAUUCUCCUCUGAAAGAAGGUGCUAGCAAAAUCUGCAAGGCAUGCCUAGAAGUGGCACGAGGUUGGGAAUCAUGGCCACAUGCAUCAGUGGGCUCAUGGGCCCGGCACGACGGGAACUAUUGCACCGCUGCCAUGGGUACAAGAUGCUGGAACGCGGAGCUCUUGGAGUGCUUCAACGACGAAGUGAUGGGUCAAAGCUGGCACGACUUCGAGGUGCAUACCGAUCCUCUACUCAAAACCCUUCAGGCUAAAAUUACUGAACGCGUGAUGACAUACGCUGCGCAGUGCCGCGAACUUCAAGCACCCACACACUUCGAGAAAUCACUCCGGAACAGAAUGGACAUUCUCACAAGCGCCAUGGAAAAUGCCAGAAAGACAUACAUGAAAGGCAUGGGACAGAUGAGGCUCGGUGCAAACAGUGCGCAUCAAAGCUCUUACAUCGUGGAUUGUAUGCUUGAGACGUACAGGGAAGCCGGCCGACUAUGUGGGCAUGCCGCUUCGAAGAAACGCCACCGUAUGCUACAGGACCGAGUUUCGAGUGAUGAUUUCGUCGAUGAUUUCAGAUCGCGAUUGUUCGAGGAAUUCCGGGAGAUCAUCAAAAAAGUCUCCGGCCGUAUUGACACAGCUCUGAAAGCCACGAUCGAGGCCGUAGAGUCCGAUCUCGACGCGGUCCGGCCCAGGAAAGGCAAGGAAAAGUUGUUCAAGACAUUCCCAGAGUACGGAGCGGACUGCGAGCGCAUGUUAUCGAAGGCGCACACCCAAAUGGAGGAGAUCAACGAACUUGCAGCGCAGGCACGAUCAAUGGCGAAGGAACAGUACAGUUGA